AUGACAAGUAUAACUUUAUAUAUAGCUCAACAAUUGGUUAAACGAGCCAUUGGUGGAGAUGACGAUCUUGAUGAUAGUCCAGACAUUACUACUCCUGAUGAUGGUGAAGGAGAAGAAGACCCUGUGACGGAGGAAAUCUUUUCUUCUUGGGCUUUAUUCAUUCUAUUAUCAUUAUUAUGUGCAGCAUUAUGGUCAUCAUAUUUCCUUCAACAACGAAGAAUUAAAGCCAUUCAUGAAACCGUAUUAUCUAUUUUUUAUGGAAUGACUGUUGGUUUGAUCAUUAGAGUUAGUCCAGGUCAUUAUAUCCAAGAUGCUGUGAAAUUUAACUCAGGAUACUUUUUCAAUAUAUUAUUACCACCAAUUAUUCUUAAUUCAGGUUAUGAAUUACAUCAGGCGAACUUUUUUAGUAAUAUAGGAAGUAUCUUAACAUUUGCCAUUCCAGGAACUUUCAUCAGUGCUUUGGUUUUAGGGAUCAUUUUAUAUAUUUGGACGGCUAUAGGAUUUGACGGAGUGAAAAUGGAAUUUGUUGAUGCAUUGGCCGUUGGGGCUACUUUAUCAGCUACUGACCCCGUGACCAUUUUAUCGAUUUUCAAUGCUUAUAAAGUUGACCCUAAGUUGUAUACGAUUAUUUUUGGUGAAAGUUUACUUAAUGAUGCUAUUUCAAUUGUCAUGUUUGAAACUUGUCAGAAAUUUCAUGGUCAACAAGUAAGAUUUUCUUCAUUAUUUGAAGGUAUUGGGAUUUUCUUGGUUACUUUCACUAUCUCCACCAUCAUCGGUAUUGCUAUUGGAAUCUUAGUGGCUUUAAUUUUGAAACAUAGUCAUAUUAGACGUUAUCCACAAAUUGAAACUUGUCUUGUGUUAUUAUUCAGUUAUGAAUCAUAUUUCUUUUCUAAUGGUGCACAUAUGUCGGGGAUUGUUUCAUUAUUAUUCUGUGGUAUCACAUUAAAACAUUAUGCUUAUUAUAAUAUGUCCCGUAGAACUCAAAUUGCUACCAAAUACAUUUUCCAAUUAUUAGCUCAAUUAUCGGAAAAUUUCAUUUUCAUUUAUUUGGGACUUUCCCUUUUCACUGAAGUUGAAUUGGUGUUUAAACCUUUAUUGAUUAUCAUUACGUUUAUUUCCAUCUGUGUUGCUAGAUGGUCGGCAGUUUUCCCAUUAUCAAGAUUUUUGAAUUUCCUUUAUAAAGCCAAAUUUAAGGAAUUUACCAAUAGAAACUUUAUGAAUGGAGGUAUCUCAUCCCAAGCCGUACCUGAUGAAAUUAGUCAUAGUUAUCAAAUGAUGAUCUUUUGGGCUGGUUUAAGAGGUGCAGUUGGUGUAGCUUUAGCUAUGGGAUUACAAGGAGAAGCCAAAUGGGCAUUAUUAGCCACAGUAUUGGUGGUAGUAGUAUUAACAGUUAUCUUAUUUGGAGGUUCAACUGCUUCAAUGUUGGAAAUCUUAGGUAUUAAGACUGGAGUUGAACAACAUAUGGAUUCUGAUGAUGAAUUCGAUAUUGAAGCUCCAAGAUUACCUAUAUCUAUUCAACCAACACCUUUCAAUUCUAAUAAUAAUUUAAUGGGUAACCGAAGAUUCAAUAAUUCCAGACCUGGAGUUUAUCAAGAUGAAAUCCGUUCAAGAAAUGAAUCUAGUGCUAGUCUUUCAUCCAACAAAACACCUAAUAUGAAUGAUAAUAUCCCUGAUGAAGAUGAUGAUAUGAUUAGUGAUGGAGAUGAUUUAAUUUCUAAUUUCCAAACGUCAUCUACUGAAAAUGGGGUUUUAGGAGCUUUCUUAAGUGCUGAAGAACAUGCUAAAUGGUUUACAAGAUUCGAUGAAGAAGUGUUAAAACCUGUUUUAUUAGAUACUAUUCCUAAAAAGGAUAACGAUAAUAGUAAUUAA